UUUCCAUCACUACCGGAAGAAAACCCGUCCUCCAGUGCUACUUCCCCCCAUCGCUUCUAAUGCUUCCCUCACUAUUAACUUCUAGUGGGGGGUUCAAGCGUCCUCCGGUUAACCAGUCUCAUAGCGUGAUAUAGUAUUCAUGGAAUAAUCGUUGAAGCCUAUUACUUAAAGAAGCUAAAAAAUUAGAAGAUAUAGACUAAAAUUUUAAAAAGGUAUAAAGACAGCAGGUUCUAACUAAAGAUGGCUUCCAAAAAAUAUUUUGAUAUUGGAGAUUUGGUGUGGGCAAAGAUGAAGUCUUUUCCUUUCUGGCCAGCCAAGAUAGUAAACCCUCCUACAGAUACAAAAUAUUCUGCUCUUAAAAAGGCACGGCAUUAUGUAUUCUUUUUUGGAAGCGAAAAUUAUGCGUGGAUACAGGAUCAAAAUAUUGUACAUCAUUCUGAAGAAAUGUUACAGACUGCUUCCAAUAAGAAACAAUCAAAUGGUUUGAAAUUAGCAAUAAAACAGAUCAUCGAAGAAGCUCCCAAAAAGGCUAAAUCGCUAGCCAAAGAAAAGGAAUCUCCUGAAGUAUCGACAAGUGGUACUGAAAAGAAAACUGCUGAAGUACAAAGAAUGAAACGAAAAACUGAAAGCCCAAGAGUUCGAAAGAAGGCUGCACCCAAAAGACGUAUUGUGGAUGGAACUGCAAAUAGACGAACAUAUUCUGUUACCAGGCAUGGUUAUGUUGAACCUGAGCUAGGUCCUGUAAUUAAUUUACAUGAACCCAAUGAAACGGUAAGAGUAAAAGAUGUCAGACCAUCAAAAGCGAAGAUAGGAUUUAUUGGUCUUGGAAUGAUGGGUCAAAGGCUUGCUAAAAACCUACUCAUUACAAAUCACAAAGUCACAGUUUGGAAUCGAACCUUUGAAAAAUGUAUAGAUUUUGCUAGAGGUGGAGCUUCUUUUGCACUAUCUCCAUGUGAUGUAGUCCAAAAGUGUGAUAUAAUUUUCUGCUGUGUUUCUGAUUCUAAGGCCUCAAAAAGUGUGGUUUUUGGACAUCGUGGCAUUCUGGCAGGUCUUGAAAGGUCGCCACGUGGAUCAAAAGGCUAUGUUGAAAUGACUACAAUGGAUCCAACUACAUCAAUAGAAAUUGCAGAAGCCAUCACCAAUAAAGGUGGAAGAUAUCUUGAAGCUGCAAUUACUGGAUCAUUGGAAAUGGCUGAAGGUGGAGCUCUGUUAGUUUUGAGUGCAGGCAAUCGGGAACUUUUUUUGAAAUGUAAGAGUUGCUUUUUUGCCUUCUCAGACAAUGCGUAUCAUCUUAGCUGUGAUGUUGGCAAAGGUUUUAAAAUGAGACUAAUUCAUAGUGCGUUAAUUGGUGUAUUACAGGCUGCCUUUGCAGAAGCCAUGGUUCUUUUGGAGCGUUGUAAUGUUUCUCAGAUAAACUUCUUGGAAAUCCUAGAACUUGGGCCAUUAUAUUCACGCCUUAUUUCAGAAAAAGGACGAUUUUUUCUGCAAUCACGUUCCUUUCCAACUGAUAAUUCGCUUAAGUAUCAGCAAAAAGAUUUGCAAUUGGCUCUUUCACUGGAUACUGACGGUAAACAGCCAAUGUUAAUCACGGCAGCAGCAAAUGAAAUCUUCAAACGUGCUAAAUUUAACAAUUAUUCUGAUGUAUAUGCUCUUUACUCGGAACAUUAGUUUUAAUGUCAGUUUAUUGUUUUGCUAUGCUAUGUUAUAUGCCUGAAACACAGAUAUGCUUUUUAUUCCAAUUCAUUGUAAAAUGUUAUAAAAGAUUUCAUAAUCCAUUAAAGCUAUCAUUUAUAAAAUUUUA